CACUUUCCAGUAGUUCGACAACUUUGCCUUCGAGAGUCGCAGACGGAACGUUACUUCUUGCUGUGUUAUGUAACGGCCAGCUUGUAUCUGCCGACGUGACUAGGUGGUACAGCUAGUCUGGGCCGGUCCAGUUAACGUUGGGCUAGUUGGGAGGUAACGACGUUACACCAAACUGUGCAAUGCAUAUGCUAGCGUCAAACGGAUCCAUCAUGGACUUGGACUCGGAGUUGGUGAAAAUUAAAGCACACUACUGCGGGGACAUGUUGAUCGCAGACUUGGCAGCCACGAUAACCUUUGUGCAGUUGCACGAGGAGGUGAGAAAGAUGUGCAGCGUUACCAAGCCCAUCACACUCAAGUGGAUCGAUGAUGAAGGCGACCCUUGUACCAUCUCGUCUGAGAUGGAGCUGGAGGAGGCCUUUCGUAUUUACAAUCGAACCAAGAGGUCUGGUCUACUGCUGCACGUCUUCCCCAGUAUCCCAGAUCGGCCUGGCAUGCCCUGCCCUGGAGAAGACAAAUCGAUCUAUCGCCGAGGAGCCAGAAGAUGGAGGAAGCUCUACAGAGUCAACGGACACCUCUUCCAGGCCAAGCGCUUUAACAGGAAAGCCUGCUGUGGCCUCUGUGCUGAAAGGAUAUGGGGGCUGGGCAGGCAGGGCUACAAGUGUAUCAACUGCAAACUGCUGUUCCAUAAGCGCUGUCACAGACUCAUCCCUCAGACCUGCCAAAGGCUUAUGGAUCCAGUCAUGCCAUCACAGGAGCCCCCUUCAGAUGCCAAGAGUGAAGAAGUGGACGUUCCACCAGAGGAUACAGACGGAAUACCUUUUCUACCACACAACUGUACAGUGGAUAAAACAGAGGAUGCAGAUACAGAGGACAUCAAAGCAGUAGUGGAUGGCCUUGAUGGCAUCAAGCUGUCCCAGGGCCUGGCUCUCGGGCUGGGGGACUUCGACCUGCUCCGAGUGAUCGGGCGCGGCAGCUACGCCAAGGUCCUGCUGGUCCGGCUAAAGAAGAACAAGCAGGUGUAUGCCAUGAAGGUGGUGAAGAAGGAGCUGGUCCAUGAGGACGAGGAUAUUGACUGGGUGCAGACGGAGAAGCACGUGUUCGAGCAGGCGUCCACCAAUCCAUUUUUAGUAGGCCUCCACUCCUGUUUCCAGACAGAAAGUCGGUUAUUUCUGGUGAUUGAAUAUGUGAACGGCGGGGACUUGAUGUUUCAUAUGCAAAGACAAAGGAAGCUCCCUGAAGAGCAUGCAAGAUUUUAUGCUGCUGAAAUUUGUAUCGCCCUGAACUUCCUGCAUGAAAAGGGCAUCAUUUACCGAGACCUGAAGCUGGACAACGUUCUCUUGGAUCACGAGGGACACAUCAAGCUCACAGACUACGGCAUGUGCAAGGAGGGGAUCAGACCAGGUGACACCACGAGUACCUUCUGUGGAACACCAAACUACAUUGCACCCGAGAUCCUCAGAGGAGAGGACUACGGCUUCAGUGUGGACUGGUGGGCUCUGGGCGUGCUGAUGUUUGAGAUGAUGGCUGGGAGGUCCCCAUUCGAUAUUAUCACCGACAAUCCUGACAUGAACACAGAGGAGUACCUCUUUCAAGUUAUUCUUGAGAAGCCCAUUCGCAUCCCAAGGUCUCUGUCAGUGAAAGCUGCCAGUGUCCUCAAAGGCUUUCUGAACAAGGAUCCCAAGGAGCGGCUGGGAUGCCAGGUCCAGACGGGCUUCACAGAUAUCAAGGCACACACAUUUUUCCGCAGUAUAGACUGGGACCAGCUGGAGAAGAAAGAGAUGACGCCACCCUUCAAACCUCAAAUCACUGAUGACUACGGCCUCGAAAACUUUGACACACAGUUUACCAAUGAACCAGUGCAGCUAACGCCAGAUGAUCCGGACGUCAUCAAGAGAAUAGACCAGUCAGAGUUUGAGGGAUUUGAGUACAUCAACCCCCUGCUGCUAUCCACAGAAGAGUCUGUAUGAAGGGGAGACGAGCUUCCUCCUUCGCCCACCUACUGUCUGUCCAAGCUGCCGUCUCAGCCAAAAAACACUCACAAGCCAACUCUGAAAGGCGAGGAGGAGGAAGAGUAAAGGACAACAGGAAGGAGGACCUCACCCUCUGGACCUUGUCAACGAGGCAGAGCAAACUGGAGAAUGGGAAAGGUUCCUUCCUGGACCGUUCAGAUUGUAUCGUUGGAAUACCAAACUCGUCUUUUCUUGGUAUCUACAAGGAAUACAAAGACUUCAAGAACAUUCCCUGACGUUAUGUUGUCUUCUCCUUUUCUGUUCUGUUUCUCCUUCGGCUUCAUUCCGUUGUCCAUCCUCAUGUCAAAGCUUCAUGAUUUGAACUGUUUCAUUCCGUGCCUGCCACCAUGAACACAUCUCACAUCCCUGGAGAAAUAUGACAGUUCUGUUGAAGAACUUGAAAUUGUACGUGCACUUUUUUUCUUUUGAUUAAUUUUGUUCUAUUUUGGGGGAGGAGGGGCGCAACACCUCACACAAAACAAGAAUGUAGAAUGACAAAAGAAACAAAAUUAAGUCAUUAUUGUGUAUUAUAUUGUAGGUAGUGAAUCCAGAAUUGAUGCCCUUUUAUUGAUGCAAGUGGCACAUUUUCAUCCUAAACUGAUUUCUUUUUGUUAUCUUAUUGGAUUUUCACUAAUGGGUGGGGGGGUGACAACUUUUUCUUUUUAUUUAAGAAGUGCCUCUAAGAUCUUAUUGAUUACCAUGGCUCUGAUUGCACUUAUCUAUGAUAGAACAUUUCUUCACCCAUUCUGGCUUCAGUCAGUAAAGACCAACUGAUACCAUGGCUAGACUUACAGCGUUGGUCCAGACCGCUCAGAUGUUUUAUGGAAUCAUGGAGCACACUCGCAUCUGUCCUGAAAAAUGACUGCAUCUUUCUAGUUUUAAUAGCGUAGAACAGUUUAUUUGUGCCAAGCAAACAUCAGAUUUGACAAGUAAGAGACAAAGCAUUUUCACAACACCAUGAUCGUUUAGAAAUGUCAGAUGGCCGUCGUCCAUACAGUCCCGUAUCGGUAUAAAAGGUGUACACGGGCCACGAUUGACCUGCUGCC